AUGAGGAAACCUGAUAUGAUCAUGCCAAAAGAACACAACAACAUUAACAAGACCAAGCUAAGGAAAGGUCUAUGGUCACCUGAGGAAGAUGACAAGUUGAUAAGGUACAUGAUAACUAAAGGACAAGGCUGUUGGAGUGACAUUGCUAGAAAUGCUGGUCUUCUAAGAUGUGGCAAAAGUUGUCGUCUUCGUUGGAUUAAUUACUUGAGACCCGAUCUUAAACGCGGCGCGUUUUCGCCUCAAGAAGAAGAACUCAUCAUUCAUUUCCACUCCAUUCUUGGCAAUAGAUGGUCUCAGAUUGCGGCGCGUCUUCCGGGUCGUACCGACAAUGAAAUAAAGAAUUUUUGGAAUUCUACAUUGAAGAAGAGAUUGAAAAACAACACUCCAUCUCCAAACAGUAGUGAUUUAUCAGAUCAACCAAUAGAUAAUGUUUUUGAUGUGAAGAAUAAUAUAAUGAUGCCGAUAAAUGAACAAGAACUCAUGACAUUGUGCAUGGAUUCAUCCUCAUCAACUUCAUCAUCAUCCAUGCAAUCCAUGCACAUGCAUGCCAUGGUUUUAGGUGAACAAUUCGAUCCAUUUUCAUUGUUGUCGAAUAAUUGUUAUGACAUGACGACAAGUUUUCAUGUUCAAGCUCAUGACAUGCCAGCAUGUUUAACACAAGUUAGUAACAUGGUUGAUGAUAUUGGGCUUCAUAGUGGGAUUUUGGAGGAUAAUAAAAUGGGGUUAUUAGAAAAUGAUUUUGAACUUCUUCCACUAGAAAGUAGAAUUGUCAUUGAAGACAAGAGUGUCCCAAUUGAUGAUCAUCAUAAUAUGAAAAGCCAUAUCAACCACUUCAAUAAUAGUUGCUUCAAUAGCACUAAUCAUACCCAAAAUUCUAAUGUAGAUGACUUGUUUGGAUUUGGAAAUCAUGGCCAAGGAGAAAACUUAAGAUUGGGAGAAUGGGAUUUGGAGGGUUUAAUGCAAGACAUAUCCUAUUUUCCUCCUCUUGAUUUUUAA